CGGGUAAUCCUGGAAAAACACAUAUUAGAAUCAUGAACGUAGAAUCGCCGAUAGAAAUAGAUGCCGAUGUUAGUAUUGUAUCAAGAGAUCCUAUAGAUAGUCAACCAGUGGAGAUAUUAGAAUCUGACAAAAAGGCAGACAUAACCUCAGGGCCUUCAGAUCCCUGGAAGGUGUGCCCCUCUGAAGAGAAAGUACCUGUUGUAAGAAAACUCGCCAUGAAUCAGGAAAGUAAAACCCCUGCAGUGGAGGACAAAACUGACACCCCUGUGAUCGUGAACGAGAAGCCAAGACCUGUGGGGGAGAGUAAGCCCCUGCACACUCCCCUUGACAGUAGUGCCCCAGUGGUGGGCAGCAAAAGGCGACCAAGGAUCCGUGCAUUGCCCACAAUUGUAACCAAAAAGAAAAAACAGGAGGACAAGGUUGUAACAGCAGAACUUUCUAAGGAAAGCUCAGAAGUACAGUCACCCAGGGAAGUGUCACCCCAUGAAAUUUCAAAAGGAAGUGACGGUGCAGAACCCAGCACGGCCCCAGUAGAGUUGGGUGCUGAGAGCAGUGCAGAUAAUCAAACAGAACAACCAAAAGUAGAAUCCCGUUUUGCUGCCUCAAAGAAACAGGUGAGUUUUGUUAAAAGAGAAGUGGUGGACAGGAAGCACACUCAUCUAGUUGAUUUGACAGACAAUAAGAUAGAAAGCAAGGGUCGAGAGCAAGCAAAAAUAUUAAGAAAUGAAGGACUUAAUGUCACAUGCAAAGAAAAGGCUGAGAGUCCUCUUCAAAGCAACAUCAAACCAUGUAGGAAAAAGAAACUUAUUGAAAAUAAUGAAGCAGAUCCAGAAUUAGAAGUAGUUAAUGUUGUGAACAGUGAUGCAGAUAAACAAGGAAAGAAAAGAUUACAGAAAGAACAUUGUGAAGAAAUAGGGAACAGUGAUGAUAGCACUGGAGACAAGGAAAAUGCUUCAUCAGCCAUUACAGAAGUGUCCAAUCAGGAAAGGGCUGUCAGAGAAAACAAACCACUCACCACACAGAAACCCAAAGUAAAGACUCCAUCAGAAUUUAGUUCCGAGAAGUUAUUUGGGAAACUUGAAAGGAAAAUUAAAGUUGAAGACUCUACUGAAAAGGCAGCCAAGCAGGUGUUCAGGAAAAGGAAAGAUGAAUUUAGGAAAAAGCUGUCAAAAGGAGACCUGGAGCCUGGCAAGAUGACAAUGUUUGACCUUAUUUACUGGAACCCAGCAAGCAAUCCUAUGCCUGGCCGCACCACCUCCCCCAAGAGGAAUGGCCGGUCCUCUGGCAGGAGUGACACAGACAGCAUUGCAUCGGAAACAGUAGAGGAGCAGCAGGUGGAUGACCUGGGCCUGGACCCAACAGACUCUGAACACCAGUCUCGUCCAGAGUCCCCAGAGGUGGUAGAGGUAAAGAAGACUCAAGAAAAGCCCCUGGAGGAAAACAAGGAUGAUGUGGAAGAUGAAAAAAGGGACCCAGAGGAGGAUGCAGCCACCAAUGAAGAGGAUUCAUCAGCAGCAAAGGAUAUUUUUGCCCCAAGGAUAAAAAUUGGUCCCAAUGGAGAAAUUAUGAUUGAUGAGCAGAGCAUCAAGAUUCAGACCACAGCUGCCAAGAACCGAGAUGAGGUGCUGAAGAAGGCAGUGGUCGUGGAGGAGAGUGGAGACUCGUCCCACUACGGGAAAUGGAGCAAGAGGCGGCGAAGGUCAUUUGAGUGGACAGUGAAGGAGACGGCACUGUUCUACAAAGCGCUGUCAACUGUAGGGACGGAUUUCUCCCUCAUGGAGACACUCAUCAAGUGGAGGACCCGCGCUGAGCUCAAGACCAAGUUUAAGAAGGAGGAGCGCAACAACAGGGAGCUGGUGGACAUGGCACUCAAUGACUCCACACAGUUUGACAUGACUGUGUUUGAGGAGGAAUCAGGUUACGAUCCUAAGGAGGACAGGAAGGCUGCACGGCAGGCUGAGAGAGCUGAGGCGAAGCGGAGACGCUUGGAGAUGAAGCAACAGGACAAGAUAAAGGAGAUGGAAAGGAAGAAACAGGAAAACAAGAAAAAUAAAGUUGAAACCAUGAAUCGCAAGAAAAUGCUUCGCAAGGCAUACAGGAGCAGGGCAAAGAAAAGAAAAGCAACCUUUGAGAGUGACAAUGAAGACUCACCCAGCCUCUAUGACUCGGAGAAUAACCUUUCUGAGGACUCGGCACCAGAGCAGCCAAACCAAGUUGUCAAGGUGGAAGUGAACCCAAGACCAAGACUUAGAGGGCGGCAGCCAAAGAGGCGAAACUCCUUGGUGAUCAGUGAAGUGACUGUUACAAUGGAAACUGUGAAAUAUGACAAGCCAGCAGAACAGACAAUAGAAGAAUCUGAAGCAUCUCAAAAAAGCAAACCACCCUCCCCAGGGGCAGGAGAACCCAUCAAGGGUGAUGACCACAAUCCUCAGGAGGACCCACAACAAAGCAGGUUGCCAGAGUGCAUCACCCUGGAGAUGGGUGAUGAACAUGUUUCCAGGGAAGAACAGAGAGAUGAAGAUGAAAUGACCAUGCUCGAGUACUAUGAUCCUGUGAAUGAAGGACUGCCGGAAAGCAACAUUAUUGAGAGCAUAAUCUCGGAUAAUGAUGAAACCAACCCAGAUAUCAACCAGAUGGAUGACUUGGAGGACAAUGUUCCCAGCAGGAAUGAGGCCAGGUCUGGUGAUGAGGAUGGGGGCGCCUUGAGUGGCGAGACCACCACUGUUCUGGAACCUUAUACCCCUGCAGUAGAACCUGCAGCAGAACCAGCAUGUGAGGACGACAACCAGAAGAUGUGGCACUUCCCCAUCUCAGCCAUCCAGACUCUGGAGGACGGCCAGCAGGUCAUCCCUGUGCCCACCCCCAAUGGGCAUUAUAGUGUGCCAGUGCCAAUACUGCCCCCAGGCACCUCCAAUGUGGUGGUGGUGGCCACGAACAUGCCAGACUGCCCCGGGGAACACAUUUAUCAUGUUUACGUUGUGUCUCCUCUUGAGGCUGUGGACUCUUCCUAGUGCAGCAUCACCGCCUCAGGGGCAGGGUGGGGGUGGCGUGCAGCUCAGCUCAAUCCCACACCAUCACCAAGUAUUGCAGAGGCGCUUCUGUACAGAU